AGCCUUAUACAAAACCUCGCGAGCUUCUUCCCGGGCCCCCUCCCUGCAGCUCCACCAAACCCUGACUAUAGCCCUACUUCACCGGAACCCCGGCCGUCCCUUGCCGGAAAAUGAGCCGCUGCGGCCUCUUCUUCUUCCUUCUCUUCCUCCUUGCCACUUCCACCUCGUACGCCUUUCCGCCCAUCCUCGGGCUUGACUCCUUCUUCUCCAACCAGCUCCUGCGUGACCCGAAUGCCGUUAACGACUCCUUCAGCUUCCUCCCUCCCUCUCUCCGUCGAUCUCUUUCUUCCACCUCCUUCUCCCACCUCCAUGACUACCUCUCCUUCCUCUCCGACCUCACCGUGGCUGUCCACGUCGACCUCACCCUCGUUGGCUUCCCCCCAUCCGUGUCCAACGACCACCUGUCCGGGUUUCUCUCCGCCGCUCACGAUGCCGACGAAUUCUCCGUCAUCGCCUCCUCCUUCCUGCCGGAAACUCACCGUCUCGCCGUGAAGCAUCGACUCCAGGUUGGGUUCGUGCCGGCAGCAUCACCGUCGCUCGAGGUUGCUAUCCAAGACGCUAUCCGCCGUCACAUCGACUCCUCAGCCUCCACCAUGCGGUUCCCCUCCGCCCUCCAUGCCGUUCCAUUCCACGUUGUCGAUCGGAUCAUCGGCGAGGACUUCGCUAAGCGGAAACAGAAACUGGGUUACACAAUGUAUCUACUGAAUUUGAGCCCUAGCUCGAAGCCUUAUGCGUACACGUCGAACCAGAACGACGACUCGCUGGCGUUCUCGCGGUGUCUGGGGACGGUGUGGAUGGCGAACGAGAGGUACAUGUGGGUGGAUCUCGCUGCAGGUCCAGUGAAUUACGGGCCAUCGAUUUCCGGCGAUGGACUCAUUGCUCCUGGCGAGUUCCACCCCUUGGCGGCCCUUCACGGCCGGCCUAAGUCGGAGAAGGCUUUCUUUGCGGACGUCGCCUCUUUGAUCUGGAGCGCGUACCGAUCCUUGCUGGUGCCUUCACUCAGGAUACCUGUCUUUUUUGAGGAGAAUUUGAUCGUUCGUUUUGUUCACGUCUUUGAGUCGGAGACGAAGGAUCCUCGCGGCCUGGAUUUUCAAACAAUUGAGAAGGCGUUCAUCGAUGAGGCACGAAGUGGCGGUAUGUUGUUGGGCCGUCAGAAACUGAAGUUCGAGAAGUACGAGGUGAAACUCUCAAGCUGUGCUAUCUGCUCGUUCGCCGUCUCAAAGGCGAUGAAUUCUUACACUUCACGGUUCCUGUUCGAAAACUACACCUUGAUCGUGAACGAAUACCUGGAUUCGAAGAGCUUGCACGAUAUCAUAUCGAGAUCCGGGGAGGAAUUGAAGCGGUCCGCUGGAGUGCCUCCCGUCGAUGAAGAAUUGGGCAGAAUUAUUCCUGUUUACGUGUUUGACCUCGAGUUCGAUAAGCUGUUGAUGCUUGAUCGCUACCAUCAAGCUGUCGCAUUCAAGGAUAUGGUCAUUGCCGUGAGGACUCGGGGCUCGCAGAGCGUCAGUGACUACAGCUGCAAUGGCCGCCAUGUGAUUGUUCAAGCUCGUGAACUUGAGAGAUCGAUUGUUGGUUCCAUUCUUCAGAGCAUGUGGGGAGUAUCCCCUACCCAUAUAACAUGGAGUCCUCGUCAUAACAGUACUCUAAUUGACUACACUUGGAGCAUAGGGCAGACGCCAUUUGGCCCCUUUUCGGAUCUUCACUCCCUCUCCUUCGUUCAGAAGGAUGCUGCCAGGAGGAACGUCCUUCUUACGACGUUGAAUUAUACAAUAACAAGCGCAAUUGAUGUGCUUGAUGCGGUUGCGAGAUACGGGGAGAAGAAACUUCUAAAGAUGAACAACUUUGUUGAGUUUGUGCAAAGGUGGAAUGUGCUAAAGUACAAAAUUGAGAGGACAAUAUCCGCCAUCUCCCAUCUUGAUUUUGAAACUGCCUUGUUUUUCACGAAGGCCUCAGAUCAUGACCUGUAUGCUAUCCACACGCUGGUUUAUCAGGCCUCACAAGAACUGGAGGCUUCCCUUGAUUGUUUCAAGGAUCCACCGUUCCCAUGGGUAUCCGUUGGCUCGAGCAUGAUGAUUUUCUCUGCUUUGUUGUAUGCUUACCUAAGAAGGGAUACGAUCUUCAGGAGCAAAAGAAAACAAUUUUGAUGUGCAUCACAGCCUGUGCUUCGCUUGUCAAUCCGGAUGAUGUAGUAGGAUGAGAUAGUAAUCUCAUAGAAAGUUUUUGGAGCAUGAGUAUUUGUGGUCAAUAUGACACUCAAAAGGAUUUUGUUCUUCGUCUUCUCUUGCCAAAACUGCAUCUAAAUGUCCAACCUUCAAGUACAAAAAUGUUGCACGUUCAGGAGCAUUUUCUUUUCUGAUAUAAGGUCUGAAUAGUCUCUACAUGGUAGUCUAUUUUUAGAUUCUUAUAAUCUUGAUAUGAAGGGACAUGUCUUAGAGCUUCUCUUAGCCAUUUCUUUGAAGUUAGAAUGGUAUUUUGGAUUCAAAUAAUGAACUUUUUGUACAAAUGCCUUUGUCCCAUCUUGCUACUAAUAUUUAAUGUAUAUGACAAAAAAAUCUUGAUGAUCAAGUGUAAUGUUUUUCUCUCAU